GGGGGGGGGGUGUUGGGCGCCGCCGGCUUCAGCAUGUCGGACCUCAUCCUCAACGUCACCUUUGGGGUCGUCGAGCCCGCCCGCCGCGCCCCGGCCGGGAACCGCAAGCACAAGAAAUUCGUGAGGCGACGGCAUUUGGAGCGGAAGCGUGCGCUCGAGCGGAAACAGCGCCCGGCGGCCCUCCAGCUCGGAGGGGGCUGCCCAAGGAAGCGCGGCGGUAGAGGCCGCAGGAAGAGGAGGCCGGAGGCGGGCGGCGGGGAGCGGGAGGAGCACAAAGAGCACGAAGGAAAAGAUCCCCCCGGGUCCUCCGGCGGCACCACGCAAGAAACGGGCACCAAAAGGACACAGGGAGCAAAAAAAGCCGCUAAGGGCCCGGUGCGAGCCACCGGGCUGCCCCCACCGCCCAGCAAGCUCGUGGCUAUCGACUGUGAGAUGGUGGGCACCGGGCCCGGCGGGUGCACCAGCUCCUUGGCCCGCUGUAGCAUUGUGGGCUAUGAGGGCGACGUGCUGUAUGACUCCUACGUGCGGCCCACGGAGCCCAUCGUGGACUACCGCACCCGCUGGAGCGGCAUCCGCAAGAAGCACAUGGUCAACGCUGUCCCCUUCUGCAAGGCCCAGCGGGAGAUCCUGAAGAUCCUCUCUGGAAAGGUGGUGGUUGGCCAUGCCGUACACAACGACUUCAAGGCUCUCAAGUACUCCCACCCCAAAGAACUCACCCGUGACACAUCCAAAAUCCCCUUGUUGAACCAAAAGGGUGGGUUCCCCGAGAAUGUCGCCAUCUCCCUGAAGCGCCUCGCCAAGGAACUGCUGCACAAAGAUAUCCAGGUUGGCAAAAGCGGACAUUGUUCAGUGGAGGACGCCAGGACCACCAUGGAGCUGUACAAGGUCGUGGAGGCAGAGUGGGAGCAACACUUGAUGAAAGAACAACACUCUAAGCAGGAGUGACUGCCCCCACAGUCCAUCCCAGACCUCAUGGGUCACAGAGCGUUGAGCCAGUGGGAGGAAGAAUAGGAUGGAGCAGAGGCAGCAAGUGCUGUGGGGCACUCUAGCUCACUGGUAGUAGGGAUAGUGGCAUUACCAAGUUAUGACUGUUCUUUCUCCCUACUCUGAGCAUUGCAUGUGCCUUUGUUAUACUGUGCUCUGUACCCCAUCAGAGAUGUGGGGAGAGCAGGGGCCACCUGUGCCUUCUGGGGGUUCUAUCCAGUCCCAGAGCAGUUCUGGGCUGUCAGAGCCCUUUGGGACCUCAGUCAUGUUGGGGUGCCCAAGCCUGGCUGUACCAGGAAAAGCAUUCCUGGGAGGGCAGCUGGGGGACCCUUGUGGAUGGGUUCUGCCCAGCUGUGGGCAGAGAGGGGACAGGGACAGCUCUGGGUGUGGCACUGGGGCCGCACCAGCUGGGUUCAUCCUGGGCACAGAUCCAGACCCAGGGAGCAACCCCUCACCCUCAGGCCAGUUGCCUCCCAUGUUUCACAACUACCUCUGACAAGGACCAGCAGGAGCCACGACUGCCACAGGGCUCCAGGACUGAAGCGGGCUGAGGCAGGUCCCGCCAGCUGGGAAGUCCCCACGCACCUGGGAGCUGCUCCACCACGGGAUUUGAGUGCUGUCUUCCUCUUUGCGUAAGUGCUGCUGCGGGGGCUGGGGUGGGACCACUGUCCCCAUCUGUCUGUCUGUGCCACUGGGGACGCUGUGUCCUUUACAGACACCUCUGAACGCCGACAUGUAUUUGUUUGCUGAACUCUUGAAUGUGCCCCAAGUUCUCGGUCUGCUCUGGUUAGCCCACCGUGGGAGCUGCUUUGAAGUGAAAUGUUUAUGUUCAGAAUGCCCAUUAAAAAGAAAUGAGUAACAAGACCUUCCUUUUGGCUGCAGGGCCCUGGGGAAGGUGCUUAGCCCUGAGUGCACAGGAAGCAGUGCAGCCUGCACCCGUGGGGCGUAUGACAACCGUGUCUGUCCCCCUGCGUUCCAAAUUGCCAAGCAUGGCUGUGUAUGGAGCAACAGGGGAAGAAGGAGGCACUUCCCACAUCUCCAGCUUGCAGGCUCUGCAUGAAAUCUUGAUGUUGUUUGAAAUCAAAGCAGCUCAGGAGGGGGCUGGGGAAGGGCUUGCCGAGGAGCAGGCACCAGCCUCGACAAGAUCAGUCCCAAAAUGGGUUGAGCGAAACUGCAGGCACAGGCUGCUCCCCCACCUCUAAAUCUUGUUUCUUGUGACCCCAUUUUGGGGCCAGGGCUGCACAGACAGGGGAGAGGGAUGGAGCUCUGCUGCUCUGCCCUCUGGGCUCUGAGCAGACCUCUGGAGCCUGGGGUGACUACUGUCAGCUGUCACCCACCACCUGCCAGCAGCUGCUUCGUGCUGACAUUUCCUGUGCCUCUUCUUGCCCAGGUAUGAGCCAGUCCUGCACGGGGCUCUGUGCAGUUCCAGCAGUAUUGGGACUGGUGUGCAGAGUCCAGGCUUCCUCCCCUUAUUUUGGGCUCUGUGGACAGAGCUGUCCCCAGCUGGGGACCCCUCAUCUGCACCUGAGCCUUGUCGUGGAGAGAGACUGGGAGUGGAGGAGUGGAGGGGCUGGGGGGGCAAAAUGGGUCCUGACUCCAGCGCUGCUGGGCUUAAGCUAGGUUGUGCUCUCUCUUCUCCUUAACGGCAGGAUGAAAACAUCACACUGGCACUGUCCCUAGCUGGUGGAUGUGCUGUGCCCAGGGCAGAGUGGGCUGGGAACCAGCUGGAUCUUACUUACCCUUGAGCCCCCACUGCUGCUAUUCCUUUGGCCAUGGGCUCCGCUGGGGUGGCAGCAGGAGAGAGCCUCGGCCCUCACUCCCUUCCCUGCAUGAGGAGUGGGGCAGCCAAAACCAACAUGCCCAACCCAGGCUGCUAUCCUUCUGCACCUCCUCCAUCACCACAGCUCCAGAGGGUGGGCGCUGCCAGAGUGGUGCCGGUGCUGAGCAGACCCUGGGAGUGCAGCCAGCCUGGCCGGUGCAUCCCCAUGCGUAGCAGGAUGCGACGGGCCUGAAUGCACGUCACAUUUUCCAGUGUUUCGGGGUGUUUAUGCCUUUAUGCUCAGCUCUCAGCAUGUCCCAGGCAGGGAUAAGGGGUGGGAGCAACAAUCGUGGCCGGAAUAAAGCACUUCCCAACCUCCA